AUGACUUUCUAUCACACUGCCGAGAACAUCCGUAUUGAAGACGGCCACAUCCUCAGGGCUCGUCUCCAAAGGGCUGACGGCGAAUGGAACGACUCCGAGAUCGACCUCAACUCGUGUAUCGGCAAUGACAAUGGUCACUUCAUUUGGGACGGCGAGGGCUUUGCCGGUUCAGCAAGUAACAUUCAUUUUGCCUUAGAAGGUGAUGGUGACGUUCCCGUUCUCCGCGCCAACUUGAGGGAUGUCGAUGGCAACGAAGAGAGCCGUGACAUCAACCUGGGUGAGCGUAUCACCAACGAAGAUGGCAACUUUCGAUUCAGUUAG